CUACUUUCAGAAUCGGAAAUUUCUUUGAAUUUUGGACAAAAUAAUUCAAAAACAAUUCACAUAAACAUUCUAUGUGGAUAUUUCUUUACCAGAAUUCGCUGAGCAUGUUUACUUGCGCCUUUGAGAUUUGCUAUUUCUAAGAAAGCAAAAAGUCCUCCAAGCAGCUAUACACUUUGCAGUAUCAUCUAACACUGUAUGGAAGUCAACAGCAGAAUCAUCACUUUCUACGUCUUUUGGACGAUCGAUUUCUGGGUGGCAACAGCCUCAGGAGUUGAGAACAUUUUGAAGGAGGAACAGCUGAACAACGGUACAAUUAUCAGUUCGUCGAAUUUGAUCUUCCAUUUGUUAAAUAACUUGAGCAGUACAGAAAGUGCAGUGUUGGAUAGGUAUCUAUGUGAAAAGAAUUACGCUUCGCUCAAAAUCAUGAUUGAUCGUAAACGAGCUGAAUUGUUUCAAAUAAAAGAUAAACCUCUGAAGAGUUUCGUAGAUAUUCCACAAAGAGUUCCGGAAAAUUUUGGUGCUGACAUUGUCGAGGUCUUCUUAAACGCAACUGUACCAUUGAAUUUUACGCAAGAACAAUUUAAAUAUGCUGAAGCAUACCGGAAUGCCACUAUAUAUAGCAUUAUUCGUGCCCUGUGGAAUACGAAAGUUGAGCAAGAUUUACCACAGAUCGACCAAUAUGCUAUUCUAGAAUAUUACAACGAGAAACGUGCGCAGAAAAAAGCGGAAGAAAAUAUAUUGAUUUGGCUGUGGAAUAUAAUCAGGAAGCUGUUUGAUGGAAAGAACGAUAAAUUUGAAUGUUAUGCAAAUGAGCCUAAAUGUGUUCGAGCAGUGCUAGAUCGCUGUGGUGCGACAGAAUUAGAACACUUGCAGCAGGCCACCGAUAAUGAACCCAUGCUUAUUAAUGAUUUUAUCAAAAAUAAACUAGACGAUGACUUAGAGAUGUACAUGGAAUAUGACAAAUGGAAUAAUGCUAAUGAUGUGCCCGGAGCUCUCAAAGAAAUAAUCCAUAGCUUAACCCAAGCACAAAAAAGGGCAAUGGAAAAAUUAAGAAGACUUGAGCUAACUGAUAAAAUCAAGGACUUCUAUCGCGAAAACAUCGAAAAAACAAGUUUACCAAAGCAGCAGGAAAUCGAACUAUUCUUCCGGCGGAUGAAUACGACUUUUGCUGGAUGCUACAAUCCAAAUAUCAAAAAAGCAAAAGAAAGAUACGAAAGUUAACGCUGAAGUCGUCGUGAAAUCUAACCUUGUCAAUGAUACCAUUGUUUAAUAUUACCAUUGUAUGCAGUAAAGUAUUAAUAUUACCAUUGUAUGCAG